CUAUCUGUUGCGCGCCGCGCGCGGUGGAGGCGCCACGACCGCGCCUGCCCCAUCUAAACCAGUAAACAAAUCGGUACGCGCCGCCGACGAACAAUCGUAACACGAACUCUAUGCAAUAUCGCCCUUGGUGGUACUAGUGCAUUGGACUGACCACCGUGGUGACUAGUUUCAGUUUUGACGGUGAUUCAAAAUUUGCCGGGCGGGUAAGCCCCGUCUGCCCAAGGAUUGUAGUACAGUUGUAGUAGCACCAUCAUACUUGCCCACAAGGCAAUGCACCGAGACAUCACAAUAAUAUUUAGAUUGUAACGCAAGCAAUAAUCAAACUAAUAAUGAUGGAUCGAACAAUAAGUUUACUAUAUACGAAAUACAAUAAUAACAUAGUUGGUGUGGAGUUCCGGUGAGAGGGCAUGGAGGGCGCGGACGGCCGCGAUGAGCUGCUCGAAUGGGAGGCGCUGUACGUCCGGCUUCCCCACAACCUCACCUGGAACUCCACGGAAUGGGAGCUGCCCGGGUGGAACGCCACCGCAGUGCCUAACGCCACCUGGGCAGCGUCCGCGCCCUUCGACACGCCCGCCGCGCUCAUCCGCGCCGCUGGCAAGGCCGUUGUUCUUGGCCUACUUAUCCUCGCUACUGUAGUUGGUAAUGUAUUUGUAAUAGCGGCAAUCCUUUUGGAGCGGCACUUGCGCAGUGCUGCCAACCAGUUGAUCCUAUCGCUGGCCGUGGCAGAUUUGUUGGUCGCGUGCCUGGUGAUGCCGCUGGGCGCAGUUUACGAGGUGGCGCAGCGCUGGACACUAGGCCCUGAGCUCUGCGACAUGUGGACAUCGGGAGACGUGCUCUGCUGUACAGCAUCUAUCCUCCACUUGGUUGCGAUCGCUCUCGAUAGGUACCGCGCUGUAACGAACAUUGACUACAUACAUGCAAGGACGGCGGGACGAGUGGGGGUCAUGAUAGCGUGUGUGUGGAUCGUCAGCUUUCUCGUAUGCAUCGCACCUUUACUGGGCUGGAAAGACCCAGAUUGGAACCGGCGCGUAUCUGAAGACUUGCGCUGCGUCGUGAGUCAAGACGUCGGUUACCAAAUAUUCGCGACUGCAUCGUCGUUUUACGUGCCAGUUCUUAUAAUCCUUAUAUUGUACUGGCGGAUAUAUCAGACAGCCAGAAAAAGAAUACGUCGGCGACGAGGGGCGACGGCACGGGGAGGAGUGGGGCCUCCGCCGGUGCCGUCUGGAGGAGCGCUGGUGGCUGCAGGAGGCAGCGGCGGUAUCGCGGCGGCAGUCGUCGCCGUCAUAGGCCGCCCGCUGCCCACUAUCUCCGAAACCACCACCACGGGCUUCACAAACGUAUCAUCCAAUAACACAAGCCCCGAGAAACAGUCAUGCGCCAACGGCCUCGAGGCUGACCCCCCCACGACGGGCUACGGCGCCGUCGCCGCCGCUUACUACCCCACUUUAGUGCGGCGCAAGCCCAAGGAGGCCGCCGAUUCGAAGAGAGAGAGAAAGGCAGCUAAAACAUUGGCAAUAAUUACGGGCGCGUUUGUGGCGUGCUGGCUUCCGUUUUUCGUGUUGGCUAUAUUAGUGCCCACGUGCGAUUGUGAAGUGAGUCCCGUGCUGACUUCGUUGUCACUAUGGCUGGGUUAUUUCAACUCGGCGCUGAACCCUGUGAUCUACACAGUAUUCAGCCCGGAAUUCCGGCACGCGUUUCAGCGGUUGUUGUGUGGCCGGCGUGCGCGCCGCCGACGCGCGCCCCCGUAGCCCCGCCCCGCCCCCGCUCCCCACACCUCCACCCGACUGACCUCAUCUAGCUCGACACAUUAUGUUACCUUGUUACAUUUUCAGAGAUAUAUUUACACCCCUUUACUUUUGUACAUGAUGGAUGUGAAUACAAAAAUAUACCUGUCUAGAAAAUAAAUUAUGAAUUCUCU